AUGGAGACGGCUGGUGGAGGAUGGACGGCAUUUCAAAGACGACUUCAUUGGUCUGUGGAUUUCAAUCGUCCCUGGGAAGAUUACAAGAUCGGGUUCGGGUUUCCAGGAAUUGAUUAUUGGAUCGGAAAAGACGAAAUCCACCUAUUAACAAAGGGGAACGACUCCUCUCUCUGCGUUGUCAUCAAGUUACAAAAUGGUACAACGCUGUACGAGUUAUAUGGCCAGUUCUCUAUAGCUGACGAGGCAAACAAAUACAAACUAUUUCUGGGAGGACCGGCAACAGGGACACUAGGUGACAGCAUGUUCGACUCGUCUCUGAUGAAUCUGAAUGGAAUGUAUUUCAGCACGCUGGAUCGGAACAACGACAAUUACCCUAAGUGGGACUGUGGGAAAGGAUUGAUGGGAGGGUGGUGGUUCGCUUACUGUGCUCACGGAUUCCUCAAUGGUGUCUGGUCUCCAGAAUGUUUCUGGGGGUCUUGGAACCCGACAGUUCCUCCUGGUUCAAAGGUGAACGAGACUUUAAUGAUGAUAACACCUCGAUAA